AUGGCGGCGGCGAAGAAUCGAAUUGCUUGCGAAUUCUACAGAGGAGGUUUAGGUAUUUGCUAUAAGGGAGGAAGGUGCCCGUAUAGUCACGCAGCGUGCUUUCCCCACCAACCCGAGGACAAUCGGGGUUUGGUGGGCGAGAAGCUGCUUCAAGAGGCUAAAGGAGAUGAAUCGAGGUACAGAGAUAUGAAAGACAGGAUGCUGGACUUCAUGCGAAGCAACAUAUCGGCUAAAGAUUUCAUGGACCAAGCGGAUGCAUUGGGGUUGAGACACAAGAUUCCGGAGAUCGCCGCUAGUUUUAGCAUUCGAUACAGGGCAAAGUACGACGAAAUCCUUGAGGCUAUGAAGGAGGGUUCGAAGAAUAAGAAGAAUGGCGUGGAAGAUUGUGGGAGAAAGACAUAUAAAGAUUCAAAGAACAAUCUGGAGACGCGAACAUUGAAGUUCGUAGAGGAACCAACACAAAACUCAGAAAAGAAGAAACAGGAAUCGUCUAUUUGCCGUAUCUCCAAGAAGAAAACCUCACUAUUGUCAAAGGGGCUUGUCAAUCUCGGCAACACUUGUUACCUCAACUCCACGCUGCAAUGCUUAAAAGCUGUCCCUGAGCUGCAAUCUGCAUUAUCCAGGUACUCGCUUGCUGCACGAGGCAACAAUGAUAUUGACCACAUGCUCACCGUUGCCACACAUGUGUUGUUUAGUGAGCUCGAUAAAAGUCUCAAUGCUAUUUUUCGGAAAAAGUAUCCUCAGUUCAGUCAGAUGGAGGAUGGAAUCUAUAUGCAGCAGGAUGCUGAAGAGUGUUGGACUCAGCUUUUACACACUCUAUCUCAGUCUCUAAAAACACCAACUUCGAGUGAAAAUCAUGAUGUUGUGACUAUUCUCUUUGGUCUCAAUCUUCAGAGCAGGUUGCAUUGUCCUGAAAGUGGUGAAGAAAGCUCGGAGACAGAAUCUGUAUAUGCACUUAAGUGUCACAUAUCACAUGAAGUGAACCACAUGCUUGAAGGAUUGCACAUUGGACUGAGAGAGGAGAUUGCAAAGACAUCGCCUUUGCUGGGUCGUACCGCGCUUUACCUCAAGGAGUCCUUUAUCGAGUACUUGCCAAGCUAUUUGACUGUUCAGUUUCUGCGAUACUUCUGGAAGAAGGAGACUUGUCAGCAAGAAAAGAUUCUCAGGAAAGUGGAUUUGCCACUUGAGUUGGACGUUUUUGAAUUGUGUACAGAUGAUCUUAAGAAGACACUCACCCACGACUCAAAGGGCAGUGAUGUUGGUAGAAAAACUGGGUUGUAUGAUUUGGUAUCUGUUUUGAGCCACAAGGGCAAGACUGCAAACACAGGCCACUAUAUGGCAUGGGUCAACAAAAAGCAGGUUGGAUGGGUCUUUUAUGACGAUCAUCGCUCAAGCCUCAAGAACAAAGAAGAUUUUAUGAAGCUGCUCUCGGGUGGAGACGAUUCACACGCCUACAUAGCCAUGUACAAGGCUCGGGUUUCUUCUCAUUAG